CUGGCAACACGGUUGCCCUGGCAGCGCUGGACGCGGCUAGUCUGCAGACACUUUUCCUUCCCAAAAGGCUUCGCGAGGGUCCCCAGAGUCGCCCAGCAAGCUGCCCGCCAUGCUCAGGGGGAAACGUGGGGGCCGGGUGGGCGCCCUGGAGGAGGAGACGCCCUUGGGGUCCCCACAGCUCCCAGAGGCGGUGUCCGAGCGGGUUCUGCUUCGGGGCAUCUUCGAGAUCCAGAGGGAAAGCUGCGACGUGGUGCUGGGCGAGCGGGCCCUGCGGUGGCGACGCAUCCAGCCCGAGCUCCCGGCGGGUAGCUCCAAGUGUCACCUUCUGGGCAGAGAAGAGUCCAUAGAACUUGAAGACAUAUUCUCUGUGAGGCUGAAGCGGCGCUGUUCUGUGAAGCAGCCAGGCAAAGGCACUCUCUUGGGCAUCACCCUCUUUAUAUGCUUGAAGGAGCAACAAAACAAACUAAAGGAUUCUACCCUUGAUCUUAUUAACCUGAGUGAAGACCACUGUGACAAGUGGUUCAGGGAGUUCAAGAAAAUUCUGGAAGGUUUCCCAAGCAGGCCAAAGGCCCUAAAGAUCUUCCUCAACCCCCAGAGUCACAGACAGGAGUCUGUGCAAGUCUAUUUUGAGAAGGUGGAGCCUCUGCUGACGCUUGCGGGGAUAAAGACCGAUGUGACAAUAACAGAGUAUGAAGGGCACGCCCUAUCCCUGCUUGAUGAAUGUGAACUCCAGGGAUUUGAUGGUGUCGUCUGUGUUGGUGGAGAUGGAUCUGCCAGUGAAGUGGCCCAUGCUCUGCUCCUCCGAGCUCAGAAGAGUGCUGGGGUGGAGAUGGACUGCCUCCUGACCCCCGUUGCGUCACAGCUUCCCCUUGGCCUAAUACCAGCAGGAUCUACGAAUGUAUUGGCACAUUCUCUUUGUGGAAUUACUCACGUGGUGACUGCAACUAUGCACAUUAUAAUGGGCCACAUACAGUCAGUAGAUGUGUGCACCUUUAGCUCUGCUGGCAAGCUUCUUCGCUUUGGGUUCUCUGCCAUUUUCGGCUUUGGUGGAAGGACUUUGGCUCUGGCAGAGAAAUACCGAUGGAUGUCCCCUAGUCAGCGGAGAGACUUUGCUGUACUCAAAGCAUUGGCCAAACUUCAACCAGAGGAUUGCAAAAUAUCAUUUCUAACAGCUGGUUGCUCCCAGGAUGAACAAGAAAGAAAAGCAAAGCAAUCUCCAGAAUCUGACCAUGGUGGCCAAUGGCAAACCAUCCAAGGGCAGUUCUUGAAUAUCAGUAUCAUGGCAAUCCCCUGUCUGUGUUCAGUGGCACCCAGGGGCUUAGCACCUGACACCAGAUUGAAUAAUGGAAGCAUGGCUCUCAUAGUUGUACGGAACACCACUCGAAAAGAAUUUGUAAAGCACCUGAAAAGAUACUCCAGCAUAAAGAAUCAGUUCAAUUUUCCCUUUGUGGAGACUUAUACCGUUGAAGAAGUAAAAAUUCAUCCAAAAAAUAAUAGCAGCGAAUACAACCAGCAGGAGGAGGGUCAAAACCAUGCAACUGUUCCAGAAAAUGGUUUUCCUUGGAAUGUAGAUGGAGACUUAAUUAAAGCUGCAUCUGAGGUCCACAUUAGACUGCACCCAAGACUGAUCAGGCUUUAUGGAGAAAGCCUGGAAGGAAUGAAUGACUCCAAAGUAGCUUGUAAUUGCAUAUAAAAGAAAUAUGUAAAGUAGAAAUUUAUUGUGAAGGAAUCUGGUAUGCAACAUAUACACAAAUAGAAAAUACAUUUUUGAAUGAAAAUGUCUAUUUAAAACAUCUAUUUUAAUGUAAUUAAAAUAGUAUCUAGGUAUUUGAAAAUCAAGAUGAUAAAGAUAUAAAAUCAAUGAAUAAUCAAGUUCUGAGUUUUGGAAAGCAUUUGUUAGAUCUAAUAUAAACAAUGUUGUGCUAUAUGAAUAUUGUUGAAGAUAAUUCUUCUUAUUCUCUUGCAAUUUCCUAUAGCUAGAUAAAAUGUAAAUUUUAUAAAAUUUCAAACUCCAUAAGGAGCAGGCAAUAUAACCAUGAACGAUCACUUAAUUAAAAAAAAUUCACUUAAGCUAUUGUCCCCCAGAUCAACCCCAUAAUGACAUCUUUGAAGUAACAAGAUCUUUAAGCUUAUUAUACAGGUGAACUUCUAAGUUUACAUUAAGCUUUAUUUAAAAAUAUACAUAAAAUAUCUUUUUAACUGGGCAAAAAUGUGGCCCAGGAGGUAGCUGUGUUCCUUUGUAUCUGAAAGGCAAGGACUGGGCAGUCACAGCACUAAGUUUUCAGUGUAAUGAUCCAAAUUUAAAUUUCCUCAGAUUCCACCCCUUAAAAAGAUAGGUCAAAACUGAUACUGAUUUUUGUGUAUUAAUACUGACACCUUGAUGAGAUAACCACUUGAAUUUCUAUAGAAACCAUAAAUACAUAUCCCUUUAUACAAUAGAAAUCCUUUAAAAAUACAAACAUUUAUUUAAAUAUAUAUAUUUUUGUAUGUGUGCACACAGAGUUGAUUUGUAUACUCAAGUUUCAUUGCUCACACCCCUCCCAAAACCCAGCACACUCUUGUUCUCUAGCCACAGACCAUGGGCUUGUGAGGGGGCAACUGUCAUGAAUCAGGAAAUCUGAGGAAGGACCAGCUGACAGCAAGAAUCUCCUGUAAAGCAAUCUUUCUUUUUAAACACUGAAGGCUGCCCCUUUUAGCCAACACAUGUUCAAAAUCUGGCCAUAGCUUUCUUACACAUAAUAGAUCCAGAUAAAAAUUUGCACUUAUCAAACCACAUGUAUGAAAUAAAUAGUACAAAAAUGAUUUUGUAAAACCCAAGUAAAAAAUAAUUCACUUUAAAAUAAAACCUUGUGUAACAUCAAA